AAUGGGCACACAAUAAAGACAACAAGAGGGUUCAAGAGAACCCAACAAGGAACAGCUGCUUCUCCAGAUACCUCAAACUCAUAUUAUCCACAAUAUCAACAGCAGCAGCAACAACCAUAUCAACAACAACAACAACAGAGUGCUGUCAACAAUGACAGCAAUAACCAUAACUAUAACUCAGUAACAUCUCAUAAAGAUAUAAAACAUAUUGUUGAAUCAACGUUGGGUUCAGGAGUUGCGUUGGCACAAGCUGUUAAAUUACCAAGAGAUGAAAAUAUAAAUGAAUGGCUAGCUGUCCAUGUUGUUGAUUUUUAUAACCAAAUAAAUAUGUUAUAUGGUACUAUAACAGAGUUUUGCUCUCCAAAAACUUGUCCAAGAAUGACAGCUACUAGUGAAUAUGAAUAUCUAUGGCAAGAUUCAAACUUGACAAAACCUGUUAGCGUUAGUGCUCCAAAAUAUGUUGAAUCAUUGAUGCUUUGGAUUCAGUCUUUAUUAGAUGAUGAGAAUAUUUUCCCUCCAAUGAUCAACCAGCCUUUUCCACCACAAUUUCAAUCAUUAGUGAAGACAAUAAUGAAGAGAUUAUUCCGUAUCUAUGCACAUAUCUAUUGUCAUCAUUUUAAUGAGGUGAUCGAACUAGGACUAAACACUCUGCUAAAUACAAGUUUUAAACAUUUUUUGUUAUUCUCAGAUGAAUUCAAUUUGAUUGCAAACAAAGAUUUUGGUCCAUUACAAACUCUGGUGAUAGAAAUGUUGGUUCAAGAUGAUGACGAUAACGGGAACAAUAAUUAUGAAAACAACAAUGAGAUACCAUAA